AAACGCACAAGCAGCCGUCAAUUUGACACUCACAUCUCAAUUCCCACAUGUGAGAUUUAAAAUUUAUUAUUUUUAUCACAUUGAGACCGAACUCCGAAGUACCAUAUAAGAUUAAAGUAUUUACUUUGGAGUUUGGGACAGGAAGUUUGAAAUUUUGUGAAAAAUGAAGCCUUCAUACAAAAUUGCUGAUGAAAAACUAGCAGAGUUGGGGCGAAAUGAGAUAAUGUUAGCAGAGAAAGAAAUGCCAGGCUUAAUGUCAUGUCGCCGAAAAUAUGCACCUGGUAAAAUUCUUAAGGGUGCUAGAAUUGCAGGGAGCCUUCAUAUGACUGUACAAACUGCUGUCCUUAUAGAAACACUUAUUGAAUUAGGUGCUGAGGUUCAGUGGUCCAGUAGCAACAUUUACAGUACCCAAGACGAAGCUGCUGCAGCAUUAGUUGCUAGAGGUAUUCCCAUUUAUGCAUGGAAAGGAGAAACAGAAGAGGAAUAUAUUUGGUGCAUUGAGCAAACUCUUAUUUUUCCAGAUGGGAAGCCAUUAAAUAUGAUCUUGGAUGAUGGCGGUGACCUAACAAACCUAGUUCAUACUAAGUACCCUCAUUUACUGGAAGGUAUAAAAGGUAUAAGUGAAGAGACAACAACUGGUGUUCACAAUCUUUACAAAAUGUUCCGUGAAGGACUUCUAAUGGUUCCUGCUAUAAAUGUCAAUGAUGCAGUGACUAAGAGUAAAUUUGAUAACCUUUAUGGCUGUAGGGAGUCUCUGCUUGAUGGAAUCAAGAGAGCCACAGAUAUAAUGGUAGCAGGGAAAGUGUGUGUUGUAGCUGGAUAUGGUGAUGUUGGCAAAGGUUGUGCUCAGGCGUUCAAAGGUUUUGGUGGGCGAGUGAUUGUUACUGAAAUUGACCCAAUUAAUGCCCUACAAGCAGCUAUGGAAGGUUUCCAAGUGACAACAAUGGAUGAAGCCUCUGAAGUUGGGCAGAUAUUUGUUACUACCACAGGAAACAUUGAUAUUAUAUGCAAGGAACAUUUUGUAAAAAUGAAGGAUGAUGCCAUAGUUUGUAAUAUUGGCCAUUUCGAUUGUGAAAUUGAUGUUGCUUGGUUAGAAAAGAAUGCGAAAAAAGUUAAUAUCAAACAACAUGUUGAUAGAUAUGAACUUGAAAAUGGGAAUCACAUUAUAGUUUUAGCAUCGGGCAGACUUGUCAACUUGGGCUGUGCAACCGGUCAUUCAUCGUUUGUUAUGUCAAACUCAUUCACAAAUCAAGUACUAGCACAGAUUGAACUGUGGACCAAGCACAAUCUAUACCCAGUUGGUGUACACACAUUGCCAAAGAAAUUGGAUGAAGAAGUUGCAGCUCUGCAUCUUGACCAUCUUGGUGUAAAACUUACUAAGUUAACUCCGAAACAAGCAAAAUAUAUUGGAGUUUCAGUAGAAGGUCCUUACAAACCUGAUCACUACAGAUAUUAAAUGAUUAUAAUGUAUUAAUAUUUAUAAUCAUCAUCUUACUUGUUCUGAAGUAUUUAUAAGAAUAAAACAGCUAUGAUUGUAAUAAUUCUCUUGCAGUUUUCAUUAAAAAUAUAUCACAUUU